CGUUCGUCGUCAACGCCGGUUCUUCAUCGACUCUCUUCUUCCUCUUCCUCCUCUCCCCUUUCUCGGACCGCCAGUCACAGCACGAUGAGCCUCCGAUCCGCCGUUCCGCGAGCUGCUGUCCUUCGGUCGGCGGCCGCCCGUCCUACCGUUCCCCGCACCGCUCUUGCUGCCUCGGCAACUGGGGGUGUCCGCUUCUAUGCCGACAAGACCUCGCCCGAAGCCAAGGCCUCUUCGCUUCUCGACAUUCUGCCCGGUAAUUCGCUCGUCUCCAAGACGGGCUGGGUCACUCUCGGCACGGGUCUGUCGGCGUUGGCCAUCUCCAAGGAGCUCUACGUGGCCAACGAGGAGACGGUCAUCCUCGUCGGUUUCCUCAUCUUUGCCACGCUUGUCGGUCGCUCCAUCACGGGCCCUUACAAGGAGUGGGCUGACGGUCAGAUCGAGCGCAUCAGCGGCAUCCUCAACUCGGCUCGCAAGGAGCACACCGAGGCAGUGCAGAGCCGCAUCGACUCUGUGAACCAGCAGCGGGACGUUGUUGACAUCACCAAGUCGCUCUACGCUGUCGCAAAGGAGACGGCCCAGACGGAGAAGGAGGCCUUUGAGCUGAGCCAGCGCACGGCCAUUGCCUCGGAGGUCAAGAGCGUCCUCGACUCGUGGGUCCGGUACGAGGCACAGGAGCGCGAGGAGGAGCAGAGGCAGCUGGCCAAGUCUGUCAUCGAAAAGGUGCUGGGCAGCCUCAAGGACGACAAGCUUCAAAAGCAGAUUCUCGACAACGCCGUCGCAGAGGUUGAGCAGCUCGUCAAGAGCAAGGCGAUCUAAAUGGUCCUCUUGCUGCUUCUUUAUAAUCUUUGUCCGCUGUAGGGGAGAUGACGGUAGAAUAGCAAAUGAAAGAGGAAACUGAAAGAGGAGACCGGGCCAGUCGAUCAGGAAAGUCGCACAUUGAAUUUCAGGUCCACUUGGAGCUAUCAUGUAGAGUCAACUGCCAUAGCUUCCGCUGUCCUCGGUGCCGUACCCUCCUCUUCGCUCUUCUUUGCCAAUCCCUCGCGGUCCAGCAGUCUCGUGAUGUCCGUUGGCCUAAAGAUCCUGCUGAGCGGCUUGCCGGACUGGUCGAGGGAGAGAGUCGCAAAUUCGAUCUUCUCACUGUCCAGCGUCGUCGAGUCCAUCGUCUUGCUCAAGACCUUGCAGGCCAGGCUCAUGGCCUCUUGGAUGGUCAGAUCGUCCUU